CGCAGAAACAAAUUUCCUCAUGGAUAAUUCAUGUACAACUAAAAAUCAGAUUUAAAAAUUAAAAGUCAUUGGGGGCGUCGCGUCGCGCCGAUGGAAAGUGAGGAUUGGGAAUUGAGUUACAGAAUAGAAGAAGAAAAUGCGUAAAGAUUUUCUUCUCACAUGUACUCCCUGGUCAUAAAGUUUAUUUUAUAUAUCUUCGCCGCCUACUUUCGUUUUUAUCAACAAAUUGCAAUAGGUAACCACACGCGCUUUCGAAAGGUGUAGACAUGAGUUGCUUUCCAACGAAUCUAAUUCCACAAGCUGUUGGUAAGCGUUUUUUGCCGAUCGGUUAACACGAACCUUAAGAAUCUCGAUUUAGGACAAUAUGGACACCAUUCGCAGUUCAAAUAUUACUGGAACAGGACGGCCACUCGUCUAGAAAAAUUGGAAAACCGGUCGAGAAGAAGAAGAUGACGAUGAGCGCGACGGAUUCGGAGAAGAUAAAACUCGGCGGCUCUUCCGCCAUCCACGUCGGUCCGAUCGUGACGAGUGGAUCCAACGAGACGAUCUCGAUCGUGAUUCCGCUGUCGGCUCAGGUCUCGACGUUGGCCAGCCAAGUGACAACGGAGGAGGCGCGUUCCAGUGCCUGCAACGAUUGUGGCAAGGAUUAUCCGGCCACUGCUACUGCCCCAGGACGAUCCCGACCAGCCGACAACUCGAAGGGAUGCCCUUUUCCCACCUGCAGUCGCUACGGCAGGGCCUUCUCCAGGGCGCACGACCUCAAGCGACACAUAGCUCGGCAUGAGGCGAAGAAAGAGAGGCUUUCGGACACCGUCAACGUCCGCGUUCAUCGCUGUUCGACCUGCGGUGAACAUUUUCUCAGCGACGCUGUACUGCAGAAACACUCACAGAUCCACGACAGGACGAUUCAACGCGAGGAGGAAUCGCAGAAUUUUCUUUGUCAUAUUUGCAAGAAGAGAUAUGGCCACGAAAAGAAACUCAAGGUUCAUCUGGCAACGCAUGAUAAGAAAUCAAUUUCCACGAUGUGCGCUCUAUGCGGUCUGAGGUUUGAAGACGACGGUCAAUUGCAGACGCACAUGAAGGAGCACACAAGCUGCGGCCUCCUUGGAGCACAGACGUCUUUGGGAAGCAUCAGGUCACUACCUCAGAUCGAUAAUACGGAGGAGGAGUUUUUCACAAAUGAGGAACACCUUGACAAGGUUCAAGGGAAGACGUUCGCGGCUUCGGAGCAGCCCGCGAUCGCGGACGUUGACAAAAACGCGAACAACAACGCACCUGACAAAAUCCGUUGCGACUAUUGCUGGAAGACGUUCAAGUCAAAAUGGACGUUGAACUCGCAUGUCGCUGCCCACGAGGGCAGGUUCCAAUUCGAUUGCGAUCAAUGCGGCAAAAGGUUUGUCCGUAAGAGCCACUUCGAGGGUCACAGGCGGUCACACGAAGCCGCACGACCGUACGCCUGCGAGAUAUGCGGGAGCACCUUCAAGCAGGCAAAGCAUCGCAGGGAGCACAUCAAGAGGAAACAUCCUGGAACUCGGAAUGCCGUCCAGAAUCUCUUGGACAGUAUCAGCGCUUGCGUUUCUGAGGAGUCCUCGAUCGACCAACCCAAGUUCACUCUUCUCGUUCCUGUAGAGUUCAACCCAUGAGUUCUGCAAUCUUGUUACACCAUUCGUUUGCCAAAAGAUUGCCGAAGCGUGUAGAGGAAAAUUUAUGCCAACAUUAAUUGUUGAUACCAUUGUUCCUAUUUCGGUAUGUGGAGACGUGGUACCAUCAAUUUUUUGUUAAUAGGUCGAGGAAUAGUAUACAGUGCUACAAAUGCGGAAAGUGGGCUAUUUUCGUUGAAUUUGAGGUCUGCAGCGUGGGCUGAAGGCGUGCUGCUAUCGCACGAGUAUUGUAUGAACGCAGCAUGAGCCUAGGUGUGCGCUGCCAGUAAUCACACGAAUCAGAUAUCGUCUACCCGUACUCGUGACACACGCUAUUUAUUGUAUAUAUAUAAUUUCCGUGAAGGAAAGUUUCUUUUGAGAAGCACUGAAGGCGCAACUCACAGCGCGUCAAAUUGAGGCUAAUUAACUUAUGCUCAAGAUACAGUGUGGAAAAUUCAGUUACUGCAAUUACGCAUGCGCAAAAACUAGUCUAGUGUGGACAAUAGAACAUUUCAGCUCUGCGCGCGCUCCAAAGCUGUUUUUCCGAAUUGUUUGAGAAUGGGGCACUUUACGCACGCUCCUUAGAUUUCGAAAAUUGAACUUUCCAAGCACGUUUCAAAGUAAUAUUUAUAAGUACAAAACAGUAUCUAGCCAGGUUGUAAUACCUUUUUUUCUACCACCUUGUUCACGAUUUUUCAAAUCGUUCUCAUCAUGACUAGAUAUGGUAGAUGUCAUAGUGAAUAGCAAUUUCAAUACACUCAUUGUAGUACCUACCUACACGGUAAUUAAAUGUUGUUUUUGUCUACUUUAACCGGUUGCUUACUGGCUCCAUUACUCUACUUUAAACAUAACAAUACACAUUGGAAAAGAAUAUUUAAAACGAACUGACGUGCCUUUAGGAUUUUUUUAAUCAUCGUCUUUCACCUCGGUAGUUGCAUAUUCUUUCGAUGGACGAUCACCUUUCCUGCUGCUGCCUGUUAUUCUUAGUAGUCAGAGUAUAGACAAUUCCAAGGAAUCUAAUUAUAUGCUAGUUCAGUUUGAAGUUAUCUACUUUACAAUUGUUUUCAACAAAGGAAAUUUAAACAGAAAAUAAACAGGAGUAUCAUAUAUUACUAUAGAAAAUGAAAAUUGAAUAUACCUGUAAAACUAUAAUCGAAAAAUGCCUUUAGGACACGAUAGUUCUUUAUAAUAUACCAUGUGUCAAGAUUUUUACAUAACCAUAUUACAGAAAAUUUCUAACGACAGAAGAAUGUAUGAUCAAUGCUGUUAAUGUUAUAAAUCAGUUAUUCUCGCAGUGUAGAAAAUGUAUUGUGGUUACAAUUUAUGCCUAUAUAAACCAAAAACGUCGGUGAUUGUACAAUUACUUGAAUACAGUAAUUAAAAAGAUCACAGGUACAUGUGGAUUGAUUAUGCUAUGAAUUGUGAAGCAUGGUCGUUGAUGUUGCACUGAAGGUUUUGGGAAUGUGGCAAUUGUCUGAUGUAUUGUUCGAUUGUGUGCUUUACUGCACAUAUUUGAGAAUUCGUAUAGUUAAGGGUUUGCGACAUAAAUCGAGAUACUUGUACUCACAGAGCGAGACAAGUACCGUUUCCAAAUGCCGACUACGAGUUACAGUUACUUAGCAAUACCAAGAGAUCAGUGAAUUCAAGUCGACAUUGUGUUGUUUUAUCGGCACAGAUAAAUUCUAUCGUGUUGAUCUGUGGAAACUGCGUAUCUGUGACAAGGGACGCUAAUAAUAAUAAGGAAGUGUCGAUUUGUUGUCUAGUGCAGUUUUUAGAAAAUGAUCAAAGGCUUGUAUGAUCGAAAGUAUUUAUCAUGAAUGGGGAUAUCCCAGUCUGGAAGCACGCUUUAAGGGUCAGAAUCAUGAUUCUUUUUAUGAAUCAACUAGCCGCCGGCUUGUAUUUGCGGUCAGCUUUGUUUUUCCUGCUAGUGCAAGCCUUGCAGUAAAAAGGUAUGAUAACAAUAAUAAGCACUUUCUUAGAAUAAUAACAAAUAACACUUGUCACACCGCACAGAGUUGGGAAGCCUCUCUUUUUCCAUGUUUCGUCGCUGAAAACAAUAUGACCAAUCGGUUCUGCACACUUCUGAGCUGCUGCUGUUGACUUUUUCAUGACACAGAAUCUUCGCCGCACACCAGAUAUUUUUAUUUGUACUUGAAUAUGCGGUCUUAGUAAUUAGUUUAAAUGAAUCUGAUACCACAAAACUUUUGAAUACCAGCUAAGCCAUGUCCUAACAAUUUCAGGAUGAAAUCAAUACGACCGUUUAUAUCAUAAGCGUGACCUCCGAUAGGCGGACUCAAAGGAUCUCUUGUGUCGCAGGAUUCACAGUUUACAAGAAUUUUAAAACGCAUCCCACGAAUACUCAAUGCAAAAAACUCUACGUUGCCAUCACAAACUUUGCUCUUUACUUAAUCACUGAUAGCCGAAAAUACAGCAACAAAAUGUAAAAUUCUUUAUCCGAAUUUGGCAUUGAUUUCUGUUCCUCGAUAUAUUUUUCAGUUUUUCAGUCGAUGUGCUCGUGCUCGCUGUUUCCAUCGCUUCAUAUUACUGUAUUUACCGGUAGCUACUUUUUUCUAGAUUUGCACAGUCUACCGGGACUUAUUUUCGAACCUUUGUGAUCGACACAAAAACAUCUUGGCUUUUUCUUUGUUAGAAAGUGUCCCGACUGACCGUCACGCCGAUUCCCCGGAUCUCCGAAAAGUCACGACGAGCACCGUUUCCUAUAAACGACUGUAAUUUCGUCUUAUUCUUGAAUUUUUUUCUAUCAUAUUGGCUCAAGAUACGCGUGAAGGAUUCGACUUCAAAGAUAUA